AUGAAGGUCACAUUUAAAGAUCUCAAGCAGCAAAAGUUUACGCUCGACGUCGAGCCAUCUGAGCUGAUCUCCGCCGUCAAGGAGAAGAUUUCCGCCGAGAAGGGAUGGGAGCCUCAGCUGCAGAAGCUGAUCUACUCCGGUAAAAUUCUCAAGGAUGAAGAGACCGUCGGUUCCUACAACAUCGAGGAGAAGGGUUUCGUGGUCUGCAUGGUGAACAAGCCCAAGCCCAAGCCUGCCGAGUCCAGCGCCGCUCCUCCUGCUACACCAGCCGCUCCUCCUGCUCGAACUCCCGCCGCCCCUGCUGCCCCUGCACAGUCCGCAUCUCAUCAGGCUGCUGUGCCUGCGACUCCCACUCCCCAGCGCUCUGCUGAUGCUGGAUCCGGUGCUCAGUCCGAGGAGCCUUCGGCUCUUGCUAUGGGAUCUCAGCGUACUGAGGCGAUUGCGAAUAUGGAGGCUAUGGGUUUUGAGAGAAGCCAAAUCGAGGCGGCCAUGCGCGCAGCUUUCAACAACCCCGACCGCGCGGUUGAAUAUCUACUUAAUGGCAUUCCCGACAACAUCCGACAAGAACAGCAACAGCGUGAGGCAGCUCCCGCAGCCCCCGCUUCCCAACCAUCUCAGCCCGCCGCUGCCGCUCCUCAAGGUGGUGACGACGGUGGAGUGAACCUGUUCGACCUUGCUGCCCAGCAUGGAGGUUCCGGUGCCCGAGGAGGAAGCGGUGGAAACCAGGCGGCUGCAGCAGCGGCGGCCGCUGCGGCUGCUGCUGGUCAGGGUGGCGAUUUGGGUAACCUCGACUUUCUACGACACAACGCUCAGUUCCAGCAACUUCGUCAGGUUGUUCAGCAACAACCACAAAUGCUCGAGCCCAUCCUCCAGCAGCUUGGUGCUGGUAACCCUCAAUUGGCCGAGUUGAUAGCCUCAAAUCCCGACCAAUUUCUUCAGCUCCUCGGCGAGUACGCCGACGACGACGUUCCCCUGCCCCCUGGAGCUCAGGCUAUUUCUGUUACUGAGGAGGAGCGUGACGCUAUCGAGAGGCUUUGCCGCCUCGGAUUCGACAGAGAUGCAGCCAUCCAAGCUUAUUUUGCUUGUGAUAAGAAUGAAGAACUCGCUGCCAACUUCCUUUUCGACCAACCGGAAGACGAAGAGCCUGGUCCUAACAACUAG